CUCCUACAGGUUCAAGCUUUUGCCUGGAGUAUGAAGGGACAUGAAGGGUUUGCUCUGUCGUGUUCCGAUGCGGAAUCCUUGUAGUAUCUGAGGCACGGCUCACAUGGCCGGCAAAAUCUGACGUCGAGGCCAAUGCAGCCUUGGAUGUCCUUGUGGAGAAAGUCACAUCACAGUUGCCAGCCCUUGAACCUGUGGGCUUGACGCAGUUGCUCCACGCUUGUUCCAGGAAAACCGGGUCGCACGAUGUUGGUGUUUGGACCUGCUUGAUUUGUUCGCUUCAUGCAAGGUGCAUGCGACACACUGCUUGCGCAGAUGCAUGCACUGCUUGCGCAGAGGUUGAGACAGGCAUCUUGGAACAAGCAGGGCAACAGAUCUCCAAAUUUCCAGCACAGUCAUUGAGCCUACUGGUAAAUGCCUGCGCACGACUGCAGAAGAAAGAUGUUCCAUUGCUCACGAAGGUGGCAAAGUGUGCAGCGCCACUGCUUCCGGAAUUCACGCCACAGGCGUUGGCCAUUACGGCCGACAGCUUCGCAAAGCUCGAAGUGCGUUCAGAGAUCUUGUUUUAUCUUCUUGCUGAAGAGAUCCUACAAAAGAUUCCACUUUUCUCUGGUCAAGGAAUUGGCUUGGUCUUACAGGCCUACGGCAAGUUGGGCAUAAACAAUCAAAAGCUGGCGCAAGCUUGUCGGAAGCAUGUCCGUGCUCUUUCAGACGAGCUGACCCUUUGGGAGGUCGAUGCCAUUGAGGAAGGCUUUAAAAAGAUGGGUGCGUCGGAUGGUUCUACAGUGGCUCUGCUGCAAAAGGUGCGGCAGCGGCUGGUGGUCAACACAGCUGAAGUUGAUGGCGCGUGGGUGGAGGAUGACUUGUUGGAGCGCCUGGCGAAGGAGGAGGAACUACGAAUGACCAAGCAUCGUCCGGAACAAGAUGUGGAGCCAAAGAGCAUAGCUCCGUUGCAAGAGCCUGCCCCACUGGAUUUGUGGGACAUGUGGUCCAACGCUGACAAAGCAGAUGACAAGAGCCAAGGUCAGGAUAGCUUCGCGGAUUCAGACGAUGGAACGGCCACAUCCUCUUCUCGCCUCCGAGAAUAUCUUGCGAGGCCAGAGAAAGUGGGUCGGAAGCCCAUCGUUCUGGACUCCGAGAUCCCUGGAGGUGGAGGCCGAAAGCAUCGUCGCCGUGCAAGGACAUGAGUCGAAG